AUCGACGUUUAUGCUUGUCAAUCAGCAAGGAGCCGUGGGGAGUGAAACUGGAGGGAAGGUCGACGAUCGGGACGGAUUUCUAGUUCAAAAAGCACUUCAGUGCCAAUGCGACCAUAAUGUUUUGGAAAAAUAAGGAAAAACUAUAUAUUUUCAAGGAAACGGUUUUGGUUUACUUUGAAAUAAAGUAAAAAUCAAAGCUUUCACUACGCCGAAUUUGGCGAGUAUUACUCGCUGCCUCGUUGCAUUUCAGCUUGGGGGGAAAAAACGAAACAGCGGAUGAUUUACUCCGACAAAGUGUGUAAACUAAAAGGGGGCUCAACUACAGACGGAUAUUGCUGUGUUUAGACAUAUUGUGUUUGAUAUAUCAGAGGAGAGGACUUCAUCCAGAAGAGUUUCUAAGAGCCGAGUCGCUCUGCUGGAAACCAGGAGUGACGGUUGAAACACGAAACCUAAAGCGCGUAUUUUCCUGGAAGGUUAGAAGAAAAUGAGCGGAGGAGAAGUGGUGUGUAGGGGGUGGCUCAGAAAGUCUCCACCUGAAAAAAAGUUACGGCGUUAUGCAUGGAAGAAGCGAUGGUUUGUUCUGCGCAGUGGGAGGCUGUCAGGAGACCCAGACGUGCUGGAGUAUUACAAGAAUGACCAUGCCAAGAAGCCCAUCCGCGUGAUCGAUCUAAACCUGUGCGAGCAGGUGGACGCCGGUCUCACAUUCAACAAGAAGGACCUGGAGCACAGCUUCAUCUUUGACAUCAAGACUAUCGACCGGAUCUUUUACCUGGUGGCAGACACUGAAGAGGAGAUGAACAAGUGGGUGCGCUGCAUCUGUGAUAUCUGUGGCUUCAACCCCACCGAUUCGGAAGUGGCUCCUCUUGCUCUAGGAGAGGAGCAGGAAUACCUGAUUUUGGAGGAGUGUGAGAGCAGGAGCGCUCCUCCUGACUGUCAGGCCCAUGGCGAAUGCUCCAAGUCUACCUCCUCCGAACCCGACUGUAAUGACAACCUCCCUUCCCACCACACUCCCACCUCCUCCUCCUUCAAGCACACCUCGGUCAAUGGUUUCUUUCCUACCCAGCAUGGUGCUGUCUAUGAUUCUCCUCCUUCACGCGGGCAGUCAUUGUCGGCCGACUCACAGGGCCUGUACCACUUACCCCGAAGUUACUCUCAGGACACUGUGCUGCUGCCGAAGUCGGCAUCCUCCCCUCUGGCUCCUGACGGUGAGCCCGGUGAACUCUAUGUCUUUAACACACCUGGUCGUAAACCCUCUUUAGAGGCCCAGUUGCGGAACUUGUCAGUUAGCUAUGAUAUUCCACCAACACCUGGAAGUAACUGCACCUACCAGGUUCCCCGUACAGCUGGGAUAGAGGCUGUUUCCGGGGCCACAGACGUGGUACCGCCCCCUCGUCCACCUAAGCCUUUACUGACCACUGGAUCAGUCCCACCUGAGCGCUCACCCACGGACACAUAUGUGGUGCCACGGUCGGUGUCUGAGACUGACGGAAAUUACUGCGUGCCAUCUAGUGCAGGAGGGAACAAAGCACUAAGGAGCAACACCAUUAGUACAGUGGAUUCUUCACGUAUGCGUAAAGAUUACGGAUCUCAAGACUGCUAUGAUAUACCCCGUCCCUUCCCCCCAGAUAAAAGUUGCUCAUUUGAUUUUAACGAAAGCUUCAACAACUAUUUUAAGAAUAAAGGCAUGGUGCCAGUAGGAGGUGUUUCCACUGAGGAGAUGGAUGAGAACUAUGUGCCCAUGAGCGUCCACUCUUCCUCACAUCAGCGCUCCAGCAGCCUAUCAGAACCCAUCCAGGAGCCCAACUAUGUGCCCAUGACACCGGGCACAGUGGAGUUCUCCUCCCUCGGAAAACAGGUGCCUCCUCCAGCUCACAUGGGCUUCCGCUCCAGCCCCAAGACCCCACCACGUAGACCGGUGCACAUGCCCGAAUGCCAACCGCCACCCGUAGACCGCAACCUCAAACCUGACCGUAAAGGUCAGAGCCCUAAAAUAAACAGAGCAGUCGGUCUUGAGCGAACCGACUCCCAAACCAUAGGUGAAUUCUCAAGACGGCGUAAGGUUAAGCCGGCCCCUUUGGAGAUCAAGCCUCUAGCUGAGUGGGAGGAGUAUACGGCGCCGGUCCAUUCCCCUGUGACCAGGUCCUUCACGAGGGACCCUUCUAGGUGUACCACGGCCCCCAGACCAUCCUCGGGGCAUAGCACUGCCUCCAGCAGCGACUCCGACGACUGUGAUGAGAAUUAUGUAACCAUGCAACACGCUAAUAUGUCUACAGAUGAACCAAACAUGAAGCUAGGAGCACCUAUGAAUGCUGAUGGAGGUGGCAGUCCCAUGGUAAAGCCCAAAGGAGACAAGCAGGUGGAGUACCUGGACCUCGACUUGGACCCUGGGAAAUCGACUCCUCCUCGGAAGAAGAAGAGUAAUGGGACUGGUAUUUCAGCAUCAGACGAGCGGGUAGACUAUGUGGUGGUAGAUCAGCAGCGAACGCAAGCACUGAAGAGCACACGUGAGGCCUGGAGUGACGAACGGCAGUCGACGGAGCAAGAUCCCCCCAUCAAAGGGGCCAAAUGACACCCAUCUCUUUCCUCUUUUCUGCAAGGUCAUGACUCGCAGGGGCCGAGGAACGGAGGACGCUGCAUAUGCUCUGAACCUCCUAUCCGGCCUCCACAUUUGAUUUUAGAUACAGCUGUGUGACAGCGCCUAGGUCACAGCUCCCAGAUCAGCUAGUUUACACUGCUUCCUGCUAGACGACAGCACCCGCGCAGGGGAGAGCUGAUCCGAGGGAUCCUCAUGUAUAAGCUGACAAGACUCCAGGUAGGAUGGACCGCACUCUGCACACGGGCUGAAGGACUCGCCGAGCCUUUUUGGCUGAAAGCCUAGUGAAAAAUACGCUAACAGAGCACCAUUAUUCAUACUACAUGGAUACACACUGCCCCCCCACUUAUCAACUCAGACAGUUUCCGUUUUUUGAUAUUGUCUUUCCCACAUCGUGGUGAUAAAGCACAUUAUUCCAUGGGCUGGGGUGCAUCAGGUCUGUUGAAUUUGUGUGUCCUCAAGGGCUUUUUUUUUUAUUUAAAAAAAAAAAAAACAAUGUUCCAUGUUCACAAAACUGCCAGGGUGAGUUUUUAGGGUGUUUUAGAAGCCUACAAUUUUUUUUUCUUUUUCUUUUUUAUAGUUCCAUGAUAAUCUGAAACCUUUACACAUCUAGGUUUCUUUUUUUCUUCUUUUUUUCUUUUAUCAUUUUGAGCCUCAAUAAUUCGGUAGUGCAAUCAAAAGGUUUUGAGUUGCUUGAGCCGCAAAUCUACUAAGGUUGGUUUGUUUGAAAAUGAUUAUCGUUUGCAUUUGCAUUUAAGACAGCAGACAGACUGUAUAAAGUGUUAUGUACGUGAAUAAAAGUUUCCUUUAUUUGUAUCUAAUAUCUAGUAUGUUAAGGCUAAGGUGUGGAUUCUGCAGGAUAGAAGUCUACACGGUCUGAGAUGGUAUCAGAAGCUAUGAAAUGUCAUUGAUGGAAUCAGGAACUGUGAUCGUUUUUAACAGAAGAGAUUUCUCUGUUUUUUGUGUGUUUUAUGUUUUUGGUUUUUAUUUUUAUUCAAAGCAAGGUAUCAAUUUACAAAGCGCAGAGGUCAGGUACUCACUGAAAGGUUUAACAGAUUUCAUUUAUUUUAUUUUAUUUUGCAGCUAUAGAUGACGUCUUUAGUGUUGCAAAUUAUAUGUUCUCAUAGAAACCUUUUAAAAUUGCUUACGACGCAAGAUGUUAUUACAAAGGCUGUGUGCUAUAUGAGAUGCCUUCAUGGAGGGGCGGAAAAGCCAGUCAAGUAGAAUUGUAUUAUGUUUCUUCAUUCUCUGUGUGACUGGUCUAUCAAUGCAUUUUAUUGCAACUUCGAUAAUUUAUUUCAGAUGGAGUUCCACAGCUCUUGGAGACUAAUUACCAUUGCAGCUUUUUUUUAAUGUUGUAAAUAUGAUCCAUUCAGUGAUUUCAGCUCAUGUCAGAAUACAUCUGUUCAGAAUACAUCAGCAUAGAACUUUACUGUGUGUGUGUAAAAUAAAAAUAGCUCUACUAACUACCAUUCUUAAGCCAAGAAGACACUGUUGCUGUGUUUCAACACCAUUGGUGGCUUCUGCUGUAUAUAUCGAUACUGGCUUUUCAAGCAUGUCUUCUGAUUCAAAGCUGUGCCUAUAUUGUUUCCCUUCUACUCAAAACCUUUUUUUUUUUUCUUUAAGUUCUCAGACCCUGAUGCUUUAUAUCUUUUUUAAUGAAUCUGAAAGAAAUGUACAUUUUAAAAUAAACUCAUUCAAAAAUAAUACUUAAGGAGAUUACUGCUGACAUUGCAA